CGUGAAGUUUCAGUGAUGAGAUUAAUCAGACAUCGGCAUGUGGUUGAGCAUGAGGUAAUGGCCACUAAAACCAAAAUUUAUUAAGUCAUGGAGCAUGCAAAAGGUGGUGAGCUCUUCAACAAGGUACUCAAAGGAAGGCUCAAGGUGGAUGCUGCUAGGAAAUAUUAGCAACUGAUUAGAGUUGUUGACUACUGCCAUAGCAAGCGUGUGUUUCGUCGAGACUUAGAGCCUGAAUAUUCUUUGGAUGAAAAUGAUAAUUUGAUGGUUUCAGACUUUGGGUUGAGUGCCUUGACUGAAUCCAAACGCCAAGAUGGAUUGCUCCAUAAAUGUGGUACCUCUGCCUAUGUAGCUCCAGACGUGAUAAGCAGAAAAGGUUAUGAUUGGAUGAAAGCGGUAAUUUGGUCAUGUGGGGUAAUCUUGUUUGUUCUGUUGGCUGUUCAUCUUCCAUUCCAUGAUUCAAAUCUGAUGGAGACGUACAGGAAAAUCAGUAAAGGGGUAUUCAAAUUUCCUAAAAGUUGCACAGAUGUCGGGUUAUUAUCCAGAAUAUUGGAUCCAAACCCAAAGACCAGGAUAUCAAUUGUCAGAAUUAUGAAAUGUUCUUGGUUUAAAGUGAGGUUGGAGAAUCCUGCUAUUAAUGCAACCGAAAACCAAGAACCAGCUCACCUGAAUGCUGAUGGAAUAAUACUUGAAGCGUGCAAGAAUGAUGGUCCACCUAUUGCAGAAUCAAACAUGAAUUGACCACGCUUGUAAUUUGAUUGCUUUUGCUAUUAUCUCCUUCUCGACUGAGUUUGAUUUAUCUGGUAUUUUUUAGGACACUGUUCCCAUGAAAGAGAUGCGGUUCAUGUCAAAUAAGCCUGCUUUGAGUAUAAUCUCUAAGUUGGAAGAAAUUUGUAAGAAGCUUUGCUCGAAAGUAAGGAAAAAAGAUGGAGGCUUGUUGAAGUUGGAGGGUUCUAAGGAAGGCA